GUGGUGGUGUAUAUAACUUUGUUGGAGAGUCCUGCCUUUCACUGCCUGGAUCCUUUUAACAGUGUGUCAAAGAAGGACUCCAUGAAAGAUGACAGAAGAAGUUAUUGUUAUUGCAAAGUGGGAUUACACUGCACAGCAGGACCAAGAACUUGACAUCAAGAAAAAUGAGCGUCUUUGGCUAUUAGAUGAUUCUAAGACAUGGUGGAGGGUAAGAAACGCGGCCAACAAAACGGGAUAUGUGCCAUCAAAUUAUGUGGAGCGAAAAAACAGCUUGAAGAAAGGUUCUCUGGUUAAAAAUCUAAAAGACACAUUGGGCUUGGGAAAAACCAAGAGAAAGACGAGUGCGAGAGACGCCUCCCCCACUCCGAGCACAGACGCAGAGUACCCUUCCAACGGCAGCAGCGCCGACCGGAUUUAUGAUCUUAACAUUCCUGCCUACGUGAAAUUUGCCUAUGUUGCCGAGAGGGAGGACGAACUGUCCCUCGUUAAAGGGUCCCGAGUGAUUGUCAUGGAGAAGUGCAGCGACGGCUGGUGGAGAGGUAGCUACAAUGGACAGAUCGGCUGGUUCCCUUCCAAUUACGUGGUAGAGGAGGUUGAGGAGGCAACUGCAGAUUCACCCAGCUUUCUGAGCCUAAGGAAAGGCGCUUCCAUGAGUAACGGCCAGGGCACCAAAGUACUCCACAUCGUUCAGACACUGUACCCAUUCAGCUCGGUCACAGAAGAAGAGCUCAAUUUUGAAAAAGGGGAAACGAUGGAAGUCAUUGAAAAGCCAGAAAAUGACCCAGAAUGGUGGAAAUGUAAAAAUUCCAGAGGUCAAAUCGGUCUUGUCCCUAAAAACUAUGUAGUAAUCAUUAGUGAUGGUCCUUCCAUGAACACUUCCCAUCCACCUCAGAUAAGCUACACGGGACCAUCUUCUACUGGACGAUUUGCUGGAAGAGAAUGGUAUUACGGGAACGUUACCCGGCACCAAGCAGAAUGUGCCCUGAACGAAAGGGGAGUGGAAGGAGAUUUCCUUGUUAGAGACAGUGAAUCUUCGCCCAGUGACUUCUCAGUAUCUCUAAAGGCGUCGGGGAAGAACAAACAUUUCAAGGUGCAGCUCGUGGACAAUGUCUAUUGUAUUGGGCAGCGACGAUUUAAUACUAUGGAUGAGUUGGUGGAACACUACAAAAAAGCUCCCAUCUUCACCAGUGAACACGGGGAAAAGCUAUAUCUUGUGAAAGCACUUCAGUGACGUUGAAGAUGGACUUGGCCACCUGGGCCUCUUAUAACUUACAAGCCUUAGGUCCUAAAUUCACUUUUAUAGAGCAGAGCAAUAUCUGAAGCAGGCUUAAGGAAUAGGCUCUUUCUAAAGUGUUUGCUCUGUCAGUUGCGGUUUGUCCUUCUUUCUUUUGUUUGCCUCUUUUUGUGUUCCAGUUUUGUUAACCUCUGACCACCUCUCUUCAGGUUGAGAGUUUCCCUUGGGUGGCCAUGGCAAACACUCACCUUCCCGGCAGAGUUCAAAACGCCCCUCUCCUGUGUACGUUUACAUAGUUAGCUCAGAUCAAGGAGGGGCGUUUUCAAUUCAAACCAGUGUUAGUUAAUCUGUUCAGACUGCUCAUGCAGGCAGAACUCUCCGUUCAGAGACAUCGGGCACAGUUUGAAUGCACUGAAGCUGCAGCUGCUUAAGUGAGAGAGAGUAGACAUAACAGUUGUGGCUGUGAGUUCUGUAGCUAUAUUGCUUACCGAGUAGGAUAAUACAAAAUCUCCUAGUUCCUAGAAGCACUCUUUACACUGUACUCUGCUGUUACAUUGCCUCUCUGACUCUUUGUAAAGAGUACACUAAUUAAAAGCAUUUUAUAAUAGUACUUCUUAAACUACUAUGGUAAGAUUGUAGUAAAAGAAAACUAGUGUAUUUUGGUCUGUAAUUGCAACAAAGAGAAAUUUUAUUUGAAAGUUGAUUACUAGAGAAAGAAUAAAUGAAUUGUAAAGGCUGAAUGUUUUGGUAAUCUACAACCAAAUGUGCCAUCCACAUAAUGCUUUUUCCUCUUGCCCUUCUGCUUGUUUGAAUUAAACGAUUAUGUAUUUAAUUCUCAAAGUAAUAUGUAUCUGUAGCUGAUUGUUGACACUAAUACAGAAGAUUAAUAAAAUCUGAUCUUGGGACAGGGUGGGGCGGGCUACCAACACUAUAUAUAUAUUUGCUUUAUGGAAAGAAAUCUUCGGGUUUUACAGAGGAUGGCGUGGUUGGUAGGAAGACACACACAGAAUGUUUAUGAAGAAAAUGCAUUUUUCUCUUUUCUUUACAUUUAAACUCCUUUAUGGUUUAAAUAUACAGUCUUUAGAUGGCACAUUCCUGAGAUUGAAGAAGGGAUCAUGAGAUCUCUAAAUCUUGCAUACUCAGUUUUUUGGAUAUUGUAAUAAAAAAGGUAUUACGUCA